AUGAAGCCUGAACAGGCAGGUUCCUCGCAGCUGGGAGGCCCACGCCUGCCCGGAAACGAGGACGGCGAGCGCGGGAACUCUGAACGGCGGCCCCGCCCCUUCCGUGCGCAGCGGAGCCCUCGCCCUGCUGGGGGCGCUGUCGCGGGCUCCGGUGCUCGCCUGGCCGGUGGGCUCAUGGCCGCCCCGGCGAGCGUCCGGGGCGUCAUCCUCGCGCUCCUGCUGCUCCUGCCGGCCCCUUUCCUCGCGCUCCCGCCCGGGCGCCUCGCCGUCCCCUCGCACCCCGCGCCCGCCUGUGGCCAGCGCGCGCCCGCGGCCGGGCGCAGGUGGCCGUGGCAGGUGAGCGUGCACUACGCGGGCGCGCACGUGUGCGGCGGCUCCGUGCUCGACGCCUACUGGGUGCUGUCGGCCGCCCACUGCUUCGGCUGGGACAAGAGCAUCGCCUCCUUCGACCUGUACGUGGGCCUCAACGACCUGCGGGCCGCCGGCGCGCACACUCAGUGGUUCGCCAUGAGCCGCGUGAUCCUGCACCCCGCCUACCAGAUGUGGCACCCCCUGGGCGGGGACGCGGCGCUGGUGCAGCUGCAGUCGCGCAUCGAGUUCUCGGACGCCGUGCGGCCCGUGUGCCUGCCACCGCCCACCCUGCAGCUGGACGGCAGCGAGGUCUGCUGGGCCACGGGAUGGGGGCUCACAUCCCUGCAGGGCCUUUCCUCGAACCAACUACAGGAGGCCCAGCUGCCCCUGGUCCCGCAGACCCUGUGCAGGAUUCUCUAUUCGUACCCUGCCAUCCUGCCCAACAUGCUGUGCGCUGGGAGCCUGGGGACCCUGCGGACCGUGUGCGAGGGUGACUCUGGGGGCCCACUGGUGUGCGAGUUCAACCGCACGUGGGUGCAGAUUGGAAUCAUGAGCUGGGGCUGCGGCUGCAACGAACACGUGUACCCUGGAGUGUUCGCCCGAGUCUCCUAUUUCUCCUCGUGGAUCCGCUACCACGUGGAGAGAAAGCCCCUUCCUUCCCAGCCAGCCCCCGCCCUCUGCCCCGCUCGGGGGGCCGCCCUCGGUGUGCUUGUGACCGCACUGGCCGGCCUGGGCCUCUCCUGACGGCCACGCAGCUCCCUCCCACAUGACCAGGCAGGGGUGAGGCUGGGCCCAGGUGUGGCCUGCAAGGGGUUGAGAGCAACGGAGCGGGGCUGGAGGAAGAGGCGGGAGGCAGGCGGGCCCUGGAGCCAGAAGAUAUUAAAUGUUCAUAAAGCAGGGGCUCUGCUGUUUUUCCCCUCCCGGUCCACGGCGGGACCAGGCUCCCAUCAGCCCCGUCACAGCCUGGGAAACCAGGGACCUCGAGAGGACACCUGUGUGAAGCUGGGGGUGCACCCAGACCUGAGGCGAGGUCUGUAGCCUGUAACCAGAAAAGUGCUGAAAACAUCAAACGUCCAUUUGGAGAAACCAGAAAACGCGAGCUGAGUGAGGGUGGACGCAAGGGGGUGCAUGAAAGGCCCAACAGCAGUGAAUGCGCCGGCAGAACAGAAGGGCAGGGGCCUGGAACCCGUCCUCACCCCAUGCAGCGACCUGGGGUCACAGAUAGCUCAUGUCCCCACCAUCCCUCAUCCCUCAUCCCUCUGGGGUCACCGCAGUGCCCGGGAAGCUGCGCUGGGUCCCGUACGAGUAGGACAGCGGUCACAGGGACCUGGGUCGGCAGGCGUGGUGCUCGGGGUCCUGGAACCCAUCUGCAAUGGGUGUGUGUUAGAGAGCUGUUGAGAUAGAGACCAGGGAAAAUAGAAAACUUCACGAUAAGAAUAAAAUUACACAAAACAUAACAAAUCACAAGAGAUACAAUUCUAUGUAAAUAAAUUUUAAUGAAAGGAAGUAAUGUUAUCAAAACCAACCCCAGUCCAGAUAGAAAGCUUAAACAAACCAAACUGCACAAAUGAAGUGGGGAAAUUUAGUAGAGAACAUUUCCUCCCAUAGAAAUCCACUGGUUUCCUCGGGAACCCCACUGAUCCAGCUGCAGGCCCUGGCCCUGCCCCUGCCCAGCCCAGGAACGGAGGAGCCUCCCCUUCCUCACGGGCAGGUGACUGGGCACCGCGAUAUCACCUUAGCCCGCACAAGCUCAGCUCAGCUCGGCUCAGCUCGGCUCAGGGGCAGAAACACAGAAACCCAAAGAAAAGUAACAGACACAGUCCCGUGCUAUUUCCUAAAACCAUGCUCUAUGGUCAAGUAGGUCUAUUGCAGUUACUUGAGGUUGGUUAGAUAUGAGGGACCCUAUGGGUAUAGUUUAUCAUUUUAAUUACUCUGCUAAAGAAAAGAGUAUUAAUGAAUAAGCUUUUGAUAAAUCCAAAACCCACUUCCAAUUACAAAAUAAGACAAAUCAGUGGUUUGAAACGGGACAUGAUGGCGCAUGCCUGUAAUCAGCACUCAGAAGGCUGAGGCAGGAGGAUUACUGAG